GCCGAGCAUCGUCUGCUGGAGCCGUGUAUGACGACAUAGUCUGCCUCUGCUGUAGCCCUUGUUAGUGUGUGUUUCCUCGCCUCUCAUCCAUUAUGGCAGCGUGUCUGAGGUCUUUAAAGCUUAGUCUGCCUCCUCGGGUAGCAGGAAAUAGUGGCGGUAGAGCUGCUAAUGAGGGUGGACACCUGCUGACCCGGGGGCGACCCUACACCCGCUGGGACACUCAGAGCUGUGUUCAGAGUGCCCCAUCAACACCAAUUCACCUAAGUAGCAGUGUUAGUGCAGCAGCACAACAGCAACAGCAGCUGGACUUUAGUGCAACAUCCUCCCCAAACCUCUCUGUUCCAGACGCCCCUUUCACACCCCUGGCAGCCUCUCAGUGGCUUCAUAAGAAACAGGUUGAGGCUUUGGGAAAUGAUGUGACCGAUAUGUUUGAGAGGAGCGGCCUAACUAGACAAAACUUGCACUGUUUUGACCCCCUUGGCUUCAUCAUUUGCCCGGCCCAUUCCAACUGUGAUGAUAAUGAGGUUCAGACUUGUGGGGCAGUUGUUUGUCGUGAUGGCAACACGAGUGUCAGGACUUUCCGCCUUCCCCCGGAUGCUCUGUGGUAUCCUCUGGGGGCAUACCACCAGGGAAAAGACAUUGUUUACUCUGUGUCAUACAGUCAGAUAGAAAGUAAAGUGUUAGAAAGCAUGUCACCAUUAAGCUCAGGUGAGGAAAAUGGAACCUUCUCAGGACACACAAGUAAUACUUCUUACACAGAAACACAAGAAGCCGUAAACCCAGAAUGUGAUAUGUCUAUGUUCCUUAAGAGUGUGUGUGAAGAAGGACUCCUGCGGUGUAAUGCUCCCUCGCCGAGCCAAGGAGGGGCGGACAAGUUAGAUCCGUCAGGAAAACCCAGUGCAGAGCAGCUGUCCCAUGUCUUCAAUAAGCUGGCAGAAACGUUGCCCAAGUUGUUCAUCCAGCCUCUUGACUACAAUAUCUACUCACAGGACAUUGUCUUUGAGAACAGAAUUCGUGGUCUUACUACGGUAGGCUUAGUGCCGUACAUAAGACAGGUGGCUCUACUCAGAACGGUCGGGCACUUAAAAUUUGCCCAUGUCAAAUUUGAAAUACUGAAGAUCACAAAACACCCAGAAGAUGGCACUGUGAGGGUCAGGUGGCGAAUUAAAGGCUUAUCAGGACUGAAGGCCAUGUUCCAGUUCUGGAAGAUCAAGUUGUGGAACUGGAAGGGGAUAGUGGACCAGAUGGAGAGUUGGUAUGACGGCUUCUCUACGUUUUAUGUUGGUGGUGACGGAGUUGUCCAUAAACACGUGGCAGACAGUAUGAUGCCAGACGAAGAACAUCAUGUAAUAGAGAAGGGACCCCUGGCAGUCAAGAUGGCAGCCCUCCUAGGUCUCGCACACAGGCCAAGUUUUGGUGACACCGGCAGUGCCAUGUUCUUCAACUUUGACUCUCUCUCACUGAUGCACAAAGAGGAUGAGGACACGUAUAUACAUUUAAUGCUUCCACUGGAGAAAAUUCACUGAUUAUUCAUUGUGGGAUAAUUUAUCAAUUUUUUUUGGUGAACCACCAACAUAGGCUUUGCUUAAUCACACAGUGUGAAUAUUCAUUCUGUGCUUGAAGAAGAAAUAUUCCAUGAGUUGAAAUUUACUGUACAGUAGUAAAGUGGAUAUACUGAAUAUUGAAGUCAUUCAAGCCAGCACUGGUAUCGUCUUGUGAGCUUGUACUGUACUGUAAUGUGUCCUUCCUUCCUUCCCUCCCAGUGACAGAGAGGCUUGUGGGGUGUGUUGUGGUCAUGUGCUUGAUUUACCUGUACAGUGCUCACGGUGUCUUGGUUAAAUAAUGAUGCAGUAGUUAUAUUCAGGUUUCUGUUCUCUGCAUAUAUACAGUACAGUAUAUGAUAUUUCAGUCAUGAUGUGUUCUCUGGACACACUCCAUAAUUAAAUUUGUAUUAAUGUUACGGCUAUUUUUAAUCUGUGGGAUACUUGUUGAUGCUAUUUACUGUAUUCCAUAAGACUAGAAAACUAAUUGCAGAGUUUUGAAAUUAUGCUUCAUCAUUUUCUCUGAUAAUUGUCAUUAUAUAUUAAAUAGAACAUUAUCUCACUAAUAUUUGAUUGAUACAUGUGGGACCAUAGCAGAUAGACCCUGUAUGAGCUAUCCACAUAUAAUAUAUACCCGGCAUAUACACGUGUAUGACAUAGCUACUGCUUUUUGGACAUAUUCAGUGACCAAGUAAUAAUAAUCGUGUACUACAGUACAGAAAGUUAUUAAAUUAGACUUAUAAAAAAGUGAAAUCCAUUUUGUGUUUUGUUGGUGUUGAGUGUACGAGUGAGUCACCAGAGUUUAACAUUAUUUGAAUGGCUCAUAUCUGUGCACUUUAGGUUGACUCAUGAGGGAGACUCCUGUAUUGUGACUAAAGAUAUUUUACCAUUGACUAAGCAGUCCAUCUUCCACAGCCACACAUCAUGUUCAGCCUGUACUGUACACCAAGUGUAAAUGUAAGAUAAUCCACAGUGUAUCCUCCCACCACACCAUAUACAGUACUUCAUGAAUAUAUUUACUGCACUAAGAAUAUUGAUGACACGUUUUUCCAAAAUAUUUUUGCAUUUGUUAAGUUUCCUGAAGUAUACUCCUAAGAAACCUUUAAUUCAUAAUAAGAGUUUGUACAGAGGUUGAUGAUGUGUGUAGUGUCAUACAAGAGACAACACAGUGAGAUAUGCUUCAGGUUAUUCAUAUUGAAGCUUGGUGGACACAGGAGUGGCUGCCUCUUAUUUUUUCAUUAUCAUUUAUUUUGAACUUCACUUCUAGUUAUUAUGUCUAUUAGAUCUAUCACCACCUGUAAGGCACAACCAGUUGUGUGAAGGGGUGGACCGGACACCCUCUGUCCUCAGUGUCACUGAAUAUCACUUCAUUUUGCAUUACCGCUCACAGGCUGAGUGCGGGGUGUUCGAGAAACUUAGUACCUGCCAGCGACAAAAUUCAAUUUAUAUCACUUCAUUCAUUUGCUAGCUUCACAACUCACUGUCACUGCAGAUUCCUGGCAUAUUCAUCCAUUCACCAGACCUCAGUGUCACUACAUAUCACUGUUUACUCAUAAAUCUGUUAGCACUUGUCUCACACACUGUUGGAGACUCAAGAAGUUGACACACAAGUUUUACAGUUCAGUCAUUAAUUUGGGGACUUGAGACUCCAGUAAGUGUCCUGUUUACUAACCCUUGUGCAGUGACUGAAGAUACACUUGUUCACGUUAAGUCAUUUCCCUUCACCCUGGGCAGAUGUGAUAUUUGACGACAAUGUUUUUUUUCUCUUCCAUCCAUAAUUAAUAUGCCUGGUGCUUAAGCAAAAAAGACUAAAUAUAAUAUUCCCGUUUCCCAUCCAACUUAUUUUUCGUUCUUUACCUACCAUAAUUUUUUUUGGCUCGACAAAUAAAUAACUACCAAAUCUAGGAGUACAUGUAAUUUAUAUAAAGAAAAUUUGCGUUAAAUACAACCAUGUUUACAUUCAUUUACAAAGAGGUGCUUUAGACAAACUAAAAAUUAAAUGUGGUAAAAGUAUCAGUAAUUCAGAGCUUCAUCCUCUAUGUAUAUAAGCUAACACUCGGCUCAGAUGACUCGCUUAUCCUUAUAUCAGACACUGUAAGUUGUACAUCCAGGUCCCCCAACAGUGAUGGCUGCAACUAACUUAAUUGUUAAUUUAAACAAUCUUGUCUCAGAUAUAUGAAGCAUUGGUGAGGGCGCUUGAUCCUUAAACCAUUCUUAAGUUUCAGAGACUGUGGGACUUAUUGUAAUCUGUGUGUAAGAGAAAUUAGGGUUGUCUUCAGUUAAGGGCAGUUUUAAUGCUUGUCUUCUUCUGCGGGAAAGAUUUGCUUUAUAUUUUGUAAAGGCAGCUUAAUAAUAACAGUUUAUUCUGACCUGAGGUUACAGAUUUAUCUUAAUCAACAUUUUAUGAAAUUGGUCAACGUGUAGAGCAACUAGUAGUUAUGUUUUAUAUAUGUUUAAGACACUGAACUCCCUUAACUGGGCUGCUUUUUGUUUAGGGGGGGGGGGGGACACCUGACCCAAGUGGCACCACAUGUUCUUUAACCUUCCUUAAGAGGCCAGUCCUGGUUGUCACUGCUACUUCAAGGGACCAGACAUUAACUGUGUUCUGUGUUGGUCGCUGCUAGGAUAUACAAACUGUGUUGACAGUUUGUAUGACACUAUAGAUUACUUGGGUUAGUCAAGUUACUCCCCCUAUGAGAUACUGUACAGUAGUUGUACCAGUUGUUGGAGCUUAUUUUUAACAACUCUUAACAUACCCUCAAGCGGAGUCUUCCUGGGCUAUGACUGAGAUAAGAAAGUUUGACGUAAAUUACAGUUAGUUUCAGCCAUAAUAAUGAAGGGCCCUGGGGUUUUAACUUAUGGACUCCAGGCAUGGUUAAAGAAUUGAUUUCAAGGAUGACUCCCUGACAUUCAAAGCUGAUGCAGAAUUUUUUUUUUUUUUUCAUCGCAAUAAGAUUAAUUGACUUGUGAGGAUAAUACUUCAGUGACAAUCUUAGGCACAUUUAGUUGUCUUUUUCAUAAGGAAAGUUUUAAAAGUUUGUUGAAUAAAGUUACAUUAAAUACUAGAACCUUUUAUGUAUUUGCUCAAGCCAAGGUUGUACUUCAGAGUGGACUAGCAUAAGAAUUAUCUACUGUAUUACUGACGGGAUACAAUAGGUAAUAAUAACAGCGGACACGUUGCUCUUAAGAAAUAUUUCAAAUGUUAGUGUUUGGCUUAUUGACUUAAAGUAACUGUUAAAUGCUGCAAGGACUGUUAAAAUGUGUUCCAAGAUGUGGUCAAAUUUGGGGGAUAUUUUGAUGACUUUUCUUUUAUCAGAGUGUGUGUAUUUUAUUUUUAGGUGAUCUACUUCGUUCAUUGUUAUUGUUCACCUUAUUGCUAUUGUUCACCCCCAUUGCUAUUGUUCAUCUCAUUGCUAUUGUUCACCUCAUUGCUAUUCUUCACUUCAUUAGUAUUGUUCUUGUCAUUGAUAUUCAAGGGUUAGACAUUGUAUUCAAGCACUUAAGAUGAUUUUAUUGGGUACAGUACAGGAAUGGACAUGGUCAUUGUUAAGUUGAGCGGUGAACAUGUUGGCUUUUAACCCGUUCCAAAUGUAUGUUUAAUUUGUGCAAGUAUUUAUGAUAAGUCUUCUCAAUGUGUGUGGGGGGUAAGUAUGCAUUAUGGGAGCUUUUCCAUUGUCUGUGACUUUCUGUGCUUCAUUUUCUUUUCAAUAUUGUUGCUGCCAUUAUUUUGAUAUUUAUUGGUAUGGAAUAUGAAAUUACUAGAGGAGGAGAGGGACACCUUUUAAGAGCUGUGAGGUUGACAAAAGUGAUGGGAAGUAAAGUGGGGAGGCUGCAAGAAUUUGAGUUUUGAGUGGAAAGGUCGCUGAUGAGAUGUUAGUAAGACAGUGAGUGUGAGGAGACAGAUGGCCAGAUCCUGAAGGAGAAUUAUCACCAUUUCAAAAGCCUAAAAGAUAUCUGUAGGAGUUUUGAAAAGUUCCAUUAGAUUUUUUUUUUUAUGAAGACUAGAAUGUUUGCAUUCAUUGUGGCCAUUUGUUAAUGUCAGCGUAGACGAGGACUACUUUUAGUUUGACACGAGAACUUGUCAACAGUAGGAUUUCACCGCUUUUUAAUGGCUCAACAGCUUGAUAUUACUGCUAUACCUUUAAUCAUAUUUCCUAAAAAAAAAAAAAAUAGCAGAUCUCGCCUGUUAUUCCUGAUCCUUCUAUCCUCACAUUUACCCGAGGUCUUCACAUGACAAGUUUAAAGAAUCUAAUCGAUAUAGACUGUCUGACUCAACCAAAUAGUCUCCCACCUGUGUAUCCCUGGGUUGAAUCCUGCUUGGGGUAGGUAUAAGAAAGGUGUUAUCCCAUAUGACUUUAACACCAUGAAGGUUUACACCAGAUACUGUACUGUAUUCUGGUUCCUCCUGUACUUAUACUGGAUGCCUGAAGAUAAAGAUUUAGGUCUAGUUACACUGGCCAGAUGCCUGUGUGUAGUGUGCUCAAUUAAAGUUGAUUGGAUAGCCUUUCCUCCCCUCUUAAGCCCUUCCUUACUGCGUUAUGUACUCUGUUAGCUGUAUUUUACAGGACCUUUUGCAAUCGGACACCUUAUAUCGCCUUGUAACCUCUUCGAUGUGUAAGAUGUUACAUUAACUGUAGUACUGUACAUCACUGAAGGUACACAAGAAACCAGAUUACAAAAUUUUCUUGAAUUUUUACAGAUUUAGAAAUACUGUAACCUGUGUCUGACAGACUUCUCCAGAGAAUACAGUUUCUUAUCAGUCAAAAAUGUAAUAAACUUGCUCAAGGAAGUUUACCUGUCACUCAGAAUCAGAAGUACUGUGUGUGUGUACUGUCCCAUUGAUCACCAGGAGGAUAUUCCAGAUCCGAUAAGAGAGGUACUUGUCAUCAUACACCUGUACCAGCUCCAGCAUAUAGGGUAAUGAGGAAGGGGAUAAGAGAUAUUAUAAUGGCAGUGGCAGUGCAUAGAAUACUCCUCUAAGGGAGAGUAAAUGUAUUAGGUGUGUGUCCCCUGGGCAGCACAAUAUUCAGAGCUUUUUAGUAGACAAGAUUAUUUAUUGUCUUGGUUAUAUCUCCUGGGAGGAGGAUGUGGUCCAUUCAUUCUAGAUAUCGUAGUCCAUAAACGAGAUAUUUGAUGCUGUACAUAGUGUAGAUAAUAUAUAUCACUAAUGGUUCUAUUUGACUUGUUAUGUAAAUAUUGGAGGUAUAAUUCCUGAUAAAUUGUACAGAUAUGUCAAUAACUUUGCUGCAAUAAAGCAUCGUAUCAGAA